AUGGCCGGAAUUGUGGUGGUUUUCGACUUCGACAAGACGAUUAUUGAGUUGGAUAGUGAUAAUUGGGUGGUUGAUGAACUGGGUUUCACUGAAUUGUUCAAUCAACUUCUUCCCUCCAUGCCUUGGAACUCCCUCAUGGACAAGAUGAUGGGAGAGAUUCAUGCUCAUGGAAAGACCAUUGAAGACAUUGAAGAGGUUCUGAAAAGGGCUCCCAUUCACCCCAGAAUUGUACCUGCGAUUAAAUCAGCUCAUGCUUUAGGGUGUGAUUUGAGGAUUGUUAGUGAUGCAAAUGUGUUCUUCAUCGAGACGAUUUUGAACCAUCUGGGAAUCAGGGAAUGCUUCUCGGAAAUCAACACGAACCCAGGCUACGUUGAUGAUAAUGGGAGGCUGAGAAUACUUCCGUACCAUGAUUUCCACACCUCAUCUCAUGGCUGCCAUCGUUGUCCUCCUAACAUGUGCAAGGGCUUGAUCAUUGAAAGGAUUCAAGCCUCACUAGCCAAAGAAGGAAAGAAAAAGAUAAUCUAUUUAGGAGAUGGAGUUGGUGAUUUUUGUCCUAGUUUGAAACUCAAAGAGGAAGAUCACAUGAUGCCAAGGAAAAAUUUCCCAGUUUGGGAUUUGAUCUGUGAGAACAGAGUGCUACUGAAAGCAGAGAUUCACGAAUGGAUUGAUGGGGAAGAUCUUGAACUUAUUCUUCUCCAAUUGAUCAACUCCAUUAUCAUUGCAGAGGAAAAAAUCUUCAACCCAACUGCUCAAUUGUUGGCAUCAGAUUGCAAGUUCCAGACAAUUCCCAUAUCAGUUCAUGAAUCCUUGCACCCAUUGCCAGUUCCUCAUUAG